AUGGGGAUUGAAUUGCUUUGCCUGUUCUUUCUAUUUCUGGGAAGGAAUAACCAUGUUCAAGGGAGCUGUGCUGUGGGUAAUGCGGAGACCUGUGAAGACUGCUUGCUUAUUGGACCACACUGCUCCUGGUGUUCUCAAGAGGACUUCACCCAUCCAUCUGGAAUUGGUGAAAGGUGUGACACCGCAGAGAAUCUUUUGGCUAAAGGAUGUUUGCUGCAUGCCAUUGAAAAUCCUACUUCCACAAUAGAAAUACUUAGAAACAAGCCGCUGAGUAUAGGAAGUCAGAAAAAUAGUUCGGAUAUUAUACAAAUUUCACCCCAAAGCUUAGUUCUAAAAUUGCGACCAGGUAAUGAGAAAACAUUACAAGUCCAUGUUCGCCAGACUGAGGAUUAUCCAGUAGAUUUGUAUUACCUCAUGGAUCUCUCAGCUUCCAUGGAAGAUGACCUUAAUACAAUAAAGGAGUUAGGCUCCACGCUAUCCAAGGAGAUGUCUAAAUUAACAAGCAACUUCAAGCUGGGCUUUGGCUCCUUUGUAGAAAAACCAGUUUCUCCUUUUAUAAAGACAACACCUGAAGAAAUAGCCAACCCUUGCAGUAGUGUUCCCCAUUUUUGUUUACCUACCUUUGGAUUUAAACAUAUUCUACCACUGACAAGUGAUGCAGAAAGGUUCAAUGAAAUUGUGAAGAAUCAGAAAAUUUCAGCAAAUAUUGACACUCCAGAGGGGGGAUUUGAUGCAAUUAUGCAAGCUGCUGUCUGUAAGGAACAAAUUGGGUGGAGAAAUGAUUCCCUCCAUCUUCUUGUGUUUGUGAGUGAUGCGGAUUCUCAUUUUGGAAUGGACAGUAAAUUGGCCGGAAUCGUUAUCCCCAAUGAUGGAGUUUGCCACUUGGACAGCAAGAACGAGUACUCCAUGUCAACUGUCCUGGAAUAUCCAACAAUUGGACAACUUAUAGAAAAAUUGGUGCAAAAUAAUGUUUUAUUGAUCUUUGCUGUGACAAAGGAGCAAGUUCAUUUAUAUGAGAAUUAUGCCAAACUUAUUCCUGGAGCUACAGUAGGGCUUCUUCAGAAAGACUCUGGAAACAUCCUUCAGUUGAUCAUCGCAGCAUACAAAGAACUGCGAUCAGAAGUGGAACUGGAAGUGUUGGGAGAUACAGAGGGACUCAGCCUGUCAUUCACUGCUAUCUGUAAUAAUGGCACUGUCUCCCCACACCAAAAAAAAUGCUCUCACAUAAAAGCAGGAGGCACAGCAACAUUCAAUGUGACUGUAAGCCUAUCAACUUGCGAGAAAAGAAGCAAGCACAUCACCAUCAAGCCCGUGGGUCUGGCAGAUGCCCUAGAAAUUGAGAUUAGCCCCCAGUGCAGCUGCGGCUGUCAAGAGGACAUAGAAGUGAACAGUUUCAGGUGUAGCGGAGGAAAAGGCUCCUUCCAGUGUGGGGUGUGCAUUUGUAACCCUGGCUAUAUGGGCCCUCUCUGUGAAUGUGAUGAGAAUGCCCUGAGCACCGAUUCAUGUAGAGAUGCCCUGGGUCAUGCCUCCUGCAGCGGGAGAGGAGACUGCUACUGUGGCCAAUGCAUUUGCCACCUGUCCACAUAUGGACAGGUGUAUGGGACCUACUGUGAAUGUGACAAUUUUUCCUGUGUGAGACAUAAAGGAUUGAUAUGUGGAGAUAAUGGACACUGUGACUGUGGAGAAUGUAUAUGCAACAGUGGAUGGACUGGUGAAUAUUGUAACUGCACCACCAGCACCGACUCGUGCACCUCUGAAGAUGGCAUGCUUUGCAGUGGAAGAGGAAACUGUACCUGUGGAAAAUGUGUGUGCACCAACCCUGGGGCCUCAGGCCCUAGGUGUGAACAAUGCCCUACCUGUGGUGACCCCUGUAAUUCUAAACGGAGCUGCAUCGAAUGUCAUUUAUCUCCUGAUGACCGCUCCAAAGAAGAAUGUGCUGAGAAAUGUAAAUUAGUUGAUGUGGCCAUCAGUGAUGAAGAUUUCCCAAAGGAAAAUUCUGUUUCCUGCUCUUUGCAAGGGGAAAAUGACUGCCUUAUUACAUUCCUGAUGACCACAGAUAAAGAGGGAAGAACAGUCCUUCAUAGUAUAAACCAGAAAGAUUGUCCAGAGCCUCCCAACAUUCCAAUGAUCAUGUUGGGAGUAUCUCUCGCCAUUCUUCUUAUUGGGGUGGUCCUGCUUUGCAUAUGGAAGUUGCUAGUAUCAUUUCAUGACCGUAAAGAAGUUGCCAAAUUUGAAGCUGAAAGAUCAAAAGCCAAAUGGCAAACGGGAACCAACCCGCUGUACAGAGGCUCCACAAGUACAUUUAAAAAUGUAACAUAUAAACACCAGGAAAAACAAAAGAUGGACAUUACUGCAGAUUCCCAUUAG